AACCUCAAAAAAUCACUCACAUCGUUUGUAAACAUACGGCAAAAUUUUGUGUCAUCUCGUUUCUUGUUUUUAGUAAAUUUGCGUGUUUCUUGUAAAUAUCGUGCAUAAAUAGACAAUAAUGGCGCGAAAUGCAGAAAAGGCUAUGACAACUCUAGCUCGUUGGCGAGCAUCAAAAGAAGCAGAGACGGGUGAAAAAGAGCGUCGGCCGUACUUGGCAUCCGAAUGUACAGAAGUGUCAAAAUGCGAGAAGUGGCGUUUAGAAAUCAUUCGAGAAAUAUCAAAAAAAGUUGCACAGAUACAAAAUGCUGGUCUUGGUGAAUUUCGGAUACGUGAUUUGAACGAUGAAAUUAAUAAGUUAUUGCGCGAAAAAAGGCAUUGGGAAAAUCAAAUAUCAGCGCUUGGUGGUCCGCAUUAUAGACGAUAUGGACCGAAAAUGUUUGAUGCCGAAGGUAGAGAGGUGCCGGGCAAUCGUGGUUACAAAUAUUUUGGUGCUGCAAAAGAUCUACCGGGUGUUCGUGAAUUAUUUGAACAGGAGCCACCACCACCACCAAGAAAGACUCGCGCAGAACUUAUGAAAGACAUUGAUGCCCACUAUUAUGGUUAUUUUGAUGACGAUGAUAAUGUUCUCAUUCCGCUUGAAGAAAAAGCAGAAAAGAUCGCUGCCCAACAAGCGCUUCAAGAAUGGAAAGAAAAAGAAAAGAGUCGCAAUGGCAAUGGUUUACGAGAUGAAAAUGAUGAUUUUGAUGAGGAUGGCGCUGAUUAUGGAUUGAAUUUGAACGAUACGAAUAACGAACAUAAUCAAAGCAUCACCAACGAUCCAAUGGGCAUGCUUGCACCAAGAUUCACUGCACAUGUACCAGUGCCAUCGCAGAAAGAUAUUGAAGCUGCAUUGCUUAAGAAAAAGAAACAGGAAUUACUUGAAAAAUAUGGAAUCGGCGAGGAUUAAAUAAAGAUACAAAAAAAUUUCUAAUGUACAAUAA